AGGAGGAGGCGGCGGCGGCGGAGAAGGAGGCGGAGGAGGAGGAGAGGAGGGGAUCAGGACCGAGCAAGCAGCGAGGCGAGGAGCCAGCAGCUCCAGCAGCAGCAGCAGCCCCAGCCGCGUCUCCCGCAGUAGCAGCAGCGGCGGCGGCCGCCUCCGCCUCUUCCUCUCCUUCCUCCGCCUCCUCCUGGCUCGCCUCCCGCAUCAGCACCAGGGACAGCCGCAGCCGGCGGCAGGCAGGCAGGCAGGCGAAGCGAAGCGAAGCAGGGGGCGCCGCGCGGUCGGACGGACGGACGGCGCGGGGGAGGCAGGCAGGCGGGCGGGAAGCAGGCGGCCCCCUCCCGCGCCCUCCUCCUCCUCCUCCGGCCGGCCGACUGACCCCCCUCCCGGCCUGGUCCAUGAGCAGCGAGCGCGCAGGCGGCGGCUGAAGGCACCAUGUCCUAUGCCCCCUUCCGAGAUGUGCGAGGGGCCCCCAUGCACCGUGCACAGUAUAUGCACUCCCCUUAUGACCGUCCCUGGAACCCCCGAUUCUGCAUCAUCUCCGGGAACCAGCUGCUGAUGCUGGAUGAGGAAGAGAUUCACCCGCUGCUACUCCGAGAGCGCCAGAGAGAUCCAGGCCGGAACAAGCUUUUGCGCCGAACCGUCAGUGUCCCUGUGGAGGGGCGGACCCACCCAGAGCACGAUUACCACGCAAGUCGUUCACGGCGGAAGAGUGUACCUGGAGCGAAGCAAUACAGCAUCAACAUGGACGCCCCACCAGCACCGCCCUUUCGGUCCUCGCAACAGGGAUUUUUGAGUCGCCGUCUGAAAAGCUCCAUCAAGCGCACCAAGAGUCAGCCCAAGCUGGACCGCACCAGCAGCUUCCGCCAGAUGCUGCCUCGGUUCCGGAGCGCCGACCAUGACAGGGCCCGCCUCAUGCAGAGCUUCAAGGAGUCCCAUUCCCACGAGUCCCUGCUCAGCCCCAGCAGCGCCGCGGAGGCCCUGGAGCUCAACUUGGACGAGGAGUCCCUCAUCAAGCCGGUCCACAGCAGCAUCUUGGGACAGGAGUUCUGCUUUGAGGUCACGACGUCUUCUGGCACCAAGUGCUUUGCCUGCCGUUCGGCUGCUGAGCGGGACAAAUGGAUCGAGAACUUGCAGCGGGCAGUCAAGCCCAACAAGGACAACAGCCGCCGAGUGGACAACGUGCUCAAGCUGUGGAUCAUUGAGGCCCGGGACUUGCCCCCCAAGAAGCGCUACUACUGCGAGCUGUGCUUGGACGACAUGCUGUAUGCGCGCACCACCAGCAAGGUGCGCACGGACACCGUCUUCUGGGGGGAGCACUUUGAGUUCAACAACCUGCCGGCCGUGCGUACCAUCCGGCUGCACCUCUACAAGGACACGGACAAGAAGCGCAAGAAGGACAAGAGCAACUACGUGGGGAUGGUGAGCGUCCCCAUCGCCAGCGUGACGGGGCGCCACUUUGCCGAGCAGUGGUACCCGCUCAGCCAGCCCAGCGCCAGCAAGAGCAAGUCCGGCUGCCCCGCCAUCCGCGUCAAGAGCCGCUUCCAGACCAUGAGCAUCCUGCCCAUGGAGCUGUACAAGGAGUUUGCCGAAUACGUCACCAACAACUACCGCAUGCUCUGUGCUGUGCUGGAGCCUGUCCUGAGCGUCAAAAGCAAGGAGGAGGUGGCCUGUGCCCUGGUGCACAUCCUCCAGAGCACGGGCAAGGCCAAGGACUUUCUGUCUGAUAUGGCCAUGACAGAAGUGGAUCGGUUCAUGGAUCGGGAGCACCUGAUUUUCCGGGAGAACACGCUGGCCACUAAAGCCAUAGAGGAGUAUCUCAAACUGAUUGGACAAAAAUACCUCAAGGAUGCUAUUGGUGAGUUCAUCCGGGCUUUGUAUGAGUCAGAGGAGAACUGCGAGGUGGACCCCAUGAAGUGCUCCACGUCCACCUUGGCCGAUCACCAGGCAAACCUCCGCAUGUGCUGUGAACUGGCCCUCUGCAAAGUGGUCAACUCUCAUUGUGUGUUCCCACGGGAGCUGAAGGAGGUCUUUGCGUCGUGGCGGCUGCGCUGUGCCGAGAGGGGCAGGGAAGACAUCGCUGACCGCCUGAUCAGUGCCUCCCUCUUCCUGCGCUUCUUGUGCCCGGCUGUCAUGUCCCCCAGCCUCUUUGGGCUCAUGCAGGAGUACCCGGAUGAGCAAACAUCCCGCACCCUCACCCUCAUCGCCAAGGUCAUCCAGAACCUGGCCAACUUCAGCAAGUUUGGCAGCAAGGAGGAAUACAUGGCAUUCAUGAAUGAGUUCCUGGAGCUAGAGUGGGCCAGCAUGCAGCAGUUCCUGUAUGAGAUCUCCAACCUGGACACCCUCACCAACAGCACCAGCUUCGAGGGCUACAUUGACCUGGGCCGGGAGCUCUCCACCCUGCACGCCCUCCUGUGGGAAGUCAUGCCACAGCUCAGCAAGGAAGCCCUGAUGAAGCUGGGCCCCUUGCCCCGCCUCCUCAACGACAUCAGCCUCGCUCUCAGGAACCCACACAUUCAGCGGCAGCCCAGCCACCAGGGCGAGCGGCUCCAACCAAAGCCCGUCAUCCUCCGGGGACCGUCUGCCGAGAUGCAGUCCUCCUACAUGAUGCGCGACCUCAACAGCUCUGUUGACAUGCAGCCCUAUAUGAUGCGAGGCAUGAACAGCUCCAUGGACAUGACCCGGUUGCCUUCGCCCACCAAGGAGAAAGGCUCCAAAGACAUGUUCUUUGUGACCCGGCCCCCGCUGGCCCGAUCCUCCCCAGCCUACUGCACCAGCAGCUCCGACAUCACGGAGCCUGACCAGAAGGUGCUGAGCGUCAACAAGAGCGUCUCGAUGCUGGACCUGCAGGACAGCCGCAUGAACAGCAUCUCCAACCUGCACAGCGUGGGUGACCUGCUCAACAGCAGCCAGGCCUCCAUCACGGCUGGCCUGGGCUUGCGGCCCAGCCGCCUCUCCCAGGGCAGCGGCUCCAGCAUUGCGGCCGGCCUGCGGCUCAGCCAGAUGGGCGUCACCACCGAUGGGGUGGGCGGCACCUCCUCCGCCCAGCAGCUCAGGAUCCCCCUCUCCUUCCAGAAUCCCCUCUUCCACAUGGCUUCCGACGGGCCGGCCGGCGGCCCCCACCACUCCCACCCGCACCGGCCGGCCGAGGGCAACCCCGACACCUUCGCCCCCUUCCAUGGCUACAGCAAGAGCGAGGACCUCUCCACCAGCAAGCACAUCAUCCACAGCCACAGCUACAGCGAUGAGUUCACACGCCAGGGCUCCGAGUUCACCAAGCGGCAGCUCUCUCUGCAAGAGAACCUGCAGAACAUGCUCUCGCCCCCCCAGAUCACCAUCGGGUCCCAGCCCCAGAGGCCUGCCCCUCCUCCGCAGCCACAGUCCGCCCUGCAGCGGGGCAAGUCCCAGCAGCUCACCGUCUCGGCCGCCCAGAAACCCCGCCCUUCCAGUGGCAACCUGCUGCAGCCUGAAACUACCUACGGCCCGGCUCGCACUCGCCAGCAGUCAGUCACCAAGGAGGCGCCCUCCGCCCUCAAGCCAUCCAUCACCAAACAGCCAUCGCACACGCCUUCUACGCUGAACCCCGUCAUGCCGGCCUCGGAGCGGACAGUCGCCUGGGUCUCCAACAUGCCUCAUCUCUCAGCCGACAUCGAGAGCUCCCACAUAGAGCGGGAAGAGUACAAGCUGAAGGAGUAUUCCAAGUCCAUGGACGAGAGCCGGCUGGACCGGGUGAAAGAGUAUGAGGAGGAAAUCCACUCCCUCAAGGAGCGCUUGCACAUGUCCAACCGGAAGCUGGAGGAGUAUGAGCGGCGCCUCCUGACGCAAGAGGAGCAGACGAGCAAAAUCCUGCAGCAAUACCAGCAGCGGCUGGAGCAGAGUGAGAAACGCCUCCGGCAGCAGCAGGUUGAGAAGGACUCCCAGAUCAAGAGCAUUAUCGGCAGCCUGUCCCUGCAGGUUGAUGCUGGUGGAGGAGGAGCUGCGCAGGGAUCACUCGGCCGCCCUCGACGCCUCCGAAACGCGGAAACGACUGCUCGACGCUCAGCUGUUCAUGAGGUAACUCUGUAUGACUCUGCUUUUGUCACAUGGAGGGAUCAGGGGGACACUCGCCCUUCGGUGGCAGACCAGGAGAGGCAGCUUUCCGCCGUGGGUGCAGCAAACCCGCGUCUGAGCGUCGCUGUGGCUCAGCCCUGGAACGGGAUCCUACCCGGGCAACCGCCUCCGCCCCCGCGACUCCAGAUCACGGAAAAUGGAGAGUUUCGCAACACCGCGUCUGAGCACUAGCGACCGCCCCCCGCCUCACCCCACCCCCUCCACCCCCAGCCAGCCAGUGUGCGGCAGCGGUGGGGUGUGGUGGGGUGGGGGGCCGGUCCGGAUCCAUGCGCAGGGGCCGGGGAAGGGUCCAGAUGCGUUUUCAGGGUGUUUUAUAGCAGGACACAGACGACAAUCUUAACCCUCUCUCCUCCCUGCCCGCCAUGGAGACACUUCCCCGCUCUCCCAAGCAGAAUUGGGGGGGCUCUCCUCCCCACCUUCCCUCCCCCCCCCACCCAGGUAUUUCUCAGGAGUGGCAUCCCCUGCUUCCUCUCCCGCCCUCCCUUACCCCCCAUGGCAGCAAUUCCGUUUCUUAAGGCAGCAGAAGUGGGGGGGGGGCGGGGGGUCAUCCCUUCCUUCCCUUCCACCCCCUGGCCCUCUUGCUGCUGGGAAAGAAAGCUUUGCCUCCAGGGGCAGGCUGGUCCCGAUUCCCUUGUGAUGCGCUAGCCUCAGCCAGCUGCUGUGAGGGGUUAUGGCGGGCGGCCUCCCCCUCCUGCCGGGGCCUUCCUGGCCUUGCCCCCUCAGUCUUUGGACUCCCCCUCCCCACAGCUCAUCCUUUUCUUUGGCAUGGGGAGGAGGGAGCUGGAAAAGGGGGGGCUGAGGCGUCCCAUGACCUGGUGGAGGCCUGACCCCCUGCUCUGCCCAAUCCUGGCCAGGCAAGGCUGUGCCCCCCCCCCUUUCUGAAGGGGGUGAAGUUUGCUUGCACUCCCUACCCGCUUCCCACCCCACCUGCCAUUCUGCACUCUCCAUCCUCUGACAAAGGGCUUUGCCUACUCUGUACAGUGCUCCUCCCUCCCCCCUCCCCAUUCCAAGGGGGAAGCGGGAUAUGAUUCUGGAUUAUUUCUGGAUAUGAUUCUGGAUUCUUAAUUCUCGAUAUACAUAGUUCUGUUUUCCUCAGUGGGGGGCGCAGAGUGGGGGGGAUGUUAAACUCUUUUGUUCUUUCGUUUCCUUCCUGUUCUCAAGCUGCCCCCAGCCUCAGCCUAAGUUUCCAGGGAGAAACAAUACGGGGAGGGCUCUCGUCAAUCUAUCUCAAAAGAAGCCAUUUUUUUUGAACUGCCCAGCCACAGGGCGCUCAGGGCAGCGGGGGGGUCUCGCCCCACACACCUGCCGGAGAGAAGCGAAGGGAAAGGGGGCUGAUUCCCCCUCUCGUGUGGUGCUCACUCACUUGCUCGCCGUCCGUCCGUCUGUCGUGCUUUGGUUCCUGAGCUGCUGCUGCUGCUGCUGGGUGAAAGUGUUCGGCACGUGGUUCUCGUGGGUGGUGGUCGUUCUUUCUUGCUACUCUGGUGCAUCUUCUCCCUCCCUUUCUCUCUCUCGCCUUCUCUCUCCCUCUCUCUCUCUCCUUCUCUCCCUCUCUCCCCCCCUUCCUUUUCUCUCUCUCUCCCCCCUCUUUUCUCUCUCACUCUCCUUCUUUCUUGCCCCCCCCGCCCCCAGACGACGACGGUGGCUCAGGCGGACACCGUAGAUAUUUAUACGUAUUACAAUGAAGAAUUAUUAUUAUUAUUAUAAUUAUUAUAAUAUAAAAGUUUGUACAUAUGUGAAAUCCUCUCGCCCCACCUGCUCCUGCCACCCCAGCUGCCUGCUCCCCAUGGACUGCCCCAGGUGUAAGUACCGCGGGAUUUGUACUGUACAUAAGAAGAGCUCUCUUGACCUCAAUCCUCUGUACAUAUUUCCUACCUUCUGCUGAAGGGAGUUCAGGUCAUGGGGGGGAAGUUGGGCCCUGACGUCACUUCGGGCCCCCCAGGCAUUUCUCUCUCUCUCUCUCUCUCUUUCUCUCUCUCUUUCAAGCUCUCCAGUUUAUUUUAUGUCAAAUUUAUUUUUUUUCUCAUUUUUUUUCUGGAGUGUGGUGAAAACAGAAGAAAAUGUUUAAUAAAAAGCAAUUGGUCUUUUA